AUGAGUGCAACAAAAUUAGGCAUUUUGCUCGUUCGUACACUAGCGAAACCAAUUGCAAAUAGUAUUAAAAAUUAUAGUAAAAGACAUGCAACUUUUCGUCAAAUGUGUAUUAAUGUAGCGCAGGCAACUCAUCGGUUUGAAAUUAAAUUAAAGAUGAAUUUAUUGAGUCAAAAAUCAGAAAAAAUUCGUCCUUUAAACGAUGCAAAAGCUGUAGAGAUGGGUGCUAAUUUUUUAGGCGAGGCAGUUAUUUUCGGAGUUGCAAAUCGUCAACAUCAAUUGAAUGAACAAAUAGAAAAGUUACAAGAGGAAACGACAGAAUUAAAAUCUCACAUCGAAAUAAAUCGAUCAUUUGAGGAUCGAAUGAUGAAUCAACUUGAAGAACUGAAAAAUGAUAAUGAAAAAUUACGAACCCUCUUAGAUAGAAUUUUGAUAAAAGGAUUGGAACCAAGGAAGUCUCAAAUUUUAAGAUUUCCUGGAAUGCAAUGGGAAAAUAAAGAUGAUAAUAAAAAUCCACAAGAUCAAAAUACUCUUGAAAAUAAAACCAUUGAAAAGAUUGAUUCACAAAAUUUAAACUCCGCUGAUCCGCAUAAAAUGAAAUUAUGGGAUUCUUUCGAGUUUGGAGAUCAAGGGACUAUGGACGAAACUAGUCCCUUUGACGAUUGUUUCAAACUCUCAAAGAAACAACGACUUUAUGGUUUUGGAAUCUGCUUUGUUCUUGGUUUUAUUAUAAGUAUACUGUCUACGCUUUCAUUAUUAACCUCAAACAUUACUGGCUUUGCCAUUUUGUAUACUAUUGGAAAUGUUAUAUCUCUCAUGAGGUAA